AUGCUGCUGCUCCUGCUCCUGCUCCUGCUCCUGCUCCCGCUGCCGCUGCCGCUGCCGCCGCCGCCGCCGCUGCUGCUGCUGCUGCUGCUCGACCUUCAAAGCACGGAGGUCAGCUGUCAAGCGCAGCUUGUGGAGUUCGUUCUGGACGUGUCUUUUGACAUCCAGGAGCACUAUUGGCGAAUGGCACAAGCAGAGCUGGAGCUCUUCAACGCUCCCCCCGCUUCAGAGUGGUUGGUUGACCCACUGAUCCCGCACAUUCAGACCCACACCUACAGGCCGGAGUUGUCUGGGCAAGCGACGCCUGUGACUCCAUCCCGAGCGAGGCGGCAAUCGUCGGACUUGGCGACUGUGCUGGUGAUUUUGAAGUCCUUCCUUGGGGGCACGCUUCUGGUGGCUCCUGGGGAGUUUCUGCAAGCCGGACUUGUGUCGGGAAACCUGCUGUUCUGGUUCAUGGGGUUGCUGGAGCUGUGGUGCAUGCGAAAGCUACUGGCGGCCUACCGCCAGGUGGGUGGCGGAUCCUUUGGUGUUCUUGCGCUGCGCGCGCUGGGUCGUGGCGGUGCCCUAGCCGUUGAGGUCUCCAUCGUGGCGUCGCAGCUGGGCUUCAUUGCUACUGAAAUGAUCUACUUUGCCAAGAAUGGUGCGCAUGCAACCAAGUGGCUGUUUCACCAGUACCUUCCACAAGAGUCAACGCUUCACCAUUGCCACAAGGAUGACGUGGCAGCUUGGCUUACUUGGGCCCAGCUGCUUCUGGUCAUCCCGGUGGCUUGGCAUCGAGACUUGGCAUCACUGACGGCCUUCAACUUUGUCGGAAAUACGCUUGUGCUGAGCACCACGAUCUUCCUUGCGGCCUUGGCUGCUGGCGGCCUUGUCACGCACGGUGUGGCACAGGCCAAGCCAAUGGUUUGA